CCAUGGCGUGAGAGAAGCGCGGUAUAAAUUGGGCGCCAGCUGAUUCAAUCAGCCUGACCUCACGGUUUGCAUCGCCAUGGAUGAUCCGUCGUCGGUGUCCCGGCGAGGGCGGAGGCUGCUGCCGUCGAAGAAUUCCGACAUCUAUUCCACAACCGUGAUUCACGACAAAGAUGACAUCGCCUCGAGAGAAUCCGAACUACCCGUCCCGGGCGUCUACGCCACAAUGGUUUACAAGGACAACGACGACGACGACGACGCUGCUGCGUCGAUCUCCGGAACAAUGAUUGUGAAAACCGAUCGUAAAAAAUCGAAUCACCGCGACAGAAAUUCGAGCGCCUCUUCACAGCGUACGAAGCAACGAGGCUCGGAGGUGACGUCGUUUAGGGGGAGGAAGAGUGAUUGGAGCGAAAUUGACGACGAGGAGGAGUGUGGAGGUAAUUUUUCUACAUUUGUUGUGAGGGAUAGAGACAACGGCGAGGAAGAGGAGGGGGAGGAAAUGGGGACAAUUGUAAGGCGCGGCGGCGGCAGCGGCAGCGGCGGAGGUACGAUGAGGAAGGCGGUGGAAAGUAUGCAGAAGGCGGUGGAGUUUGGAGGAAAGAGGAGGAAGGGCAGCAGCGAUGGCGGAGGUGAGGUUUAUGAUUCGACUGCGCAACGGAGGCAGACAAGGAGUGAGAAAGUGUCGUCAACUUCAAUACCUGAUUAUGUGAACAGGGAAGAUCCUUAUACGAAGUAUGAGUUGCUAAGUGAACUUGGAAAGGGUGCAUAUGGGGUAGUCUAUAAAGCUCGGGAUGUAAAGACUUCAGAAUUAGUUGCUAUCAAAGUGAUUUCAUUAUCUGAAGGGGAGGAGGGUUAUGACGACAUUCAGGGUGAAAUUGAGAUGUUGCAGCAGUGCAGUCAUCCCAAUGUUAUUCGCUAUUUCGGGAGCUAUCAAUGGGAAGAGUAUCUCUGGAUAGUAAUGGAGUAUUGUGGGAUUGGGAGUGUUGCUGGCUUGAUCAAUGCUACUGAUGGGCCUCUCGAAGAGCAUGAAAUUGCAUUUAUUUGCAGAGAAGCAUUGAAGGGUCUUGCCUAUCUGCAUCUAAUUUUCAAGGUACACAGAGAUAUUAAAGGUGGUAAUAUAUUGCUAACUGAUCAAGGCGAGGUUAAAUUGGGUGAUUUUGGCGUUGCUGCCCAGUUGACAAGAACUAUGUCAAAACGCAACACGUUUAUCGGUACACCGCAUUGGAUGGCUCCUGAAGUUAUUCAAGAGAGCCGUUAUGAUGGAAAGGUAGAUGUAUGGGCACUGGGGAUAUCUGCAAUCGAAAUGGCAGAGGGUGCUCCUCCAAGAGCAACAGUUCAUCCUAUGAGAGUAUUGUUUAUGAUUUCCAUUGAACCUGCUCCAAUGCUCGAGGAUAAAGAGAAAUGGUCACUGUUCUUCCACGACUUCGUCGCAAAAUGCCUCACAAAGGACGCAAGACUUCGCCCUACAGCAGCUGAAAUGCUUAAGCACAAAUUCAUCCAAAAAUGUGCAACCGGUGCAUCCACAAUGCUACCAAAAAUCAUGCGGGUAAAGCAUAUGAGAGCAGCAAAGGCUUUGCAAACCGGUGAUCUUGCAUCAGAGACGACGCUGCCAAGAGAGAAGCAACCAGGCGGCAUUUCUAGCACUGUUCCAUCUAGACCUCAGGACGAUCAGCAGACUAUGUCUGCUGUAGCCGCUGUUGGGGUAGCCGACGAACAAUUUCCACUCGCUGAAGCACACAGUGCUGCUGAAGGUGAUUUCAGUACUGUUGUAAUUCAUGAUAGAGAAGAGAUUGGUAAAACAGAUACUCCACAAGCAUCAGAAGUAGAGACUGAAGUGUUUUCUACUUCUGCACAAUUCAGGAGUGCUUCAUUCCGUAGCCUUGGAGAUAUCGACAAUUUGGCUCUCGAGAUCGAUGUUUCCACAAAUCCAGGAACUCCGACGGCAGGAUCAGGCGCAAAUCUCGUGAGAACCGUCAGUAGAAAAGCAUUAGACAAGCUUUGGUCGACAUACACUGCGGGCAACACAGUUCCGAUCCCGUUCCUUAGGGCAACAGACAUAUCUCCAAUCGCACUCUUGUCCAACAAUGUGCUCGGCAACAGAGGCAGCAUCGGCAUAGAAACAGCAAUUCGAGAGCUCUUGUCCGGCGAAGCGCAGCCUAAAAAGGGCAGAACCAGGCAGAGCGAGACGCCGCUCCCUGCUAGUUUAUGCAUGAGGCUAACUUCUAGUCCAACGCUUAUGAACCUCGCUCAGAUGUUGGCUUACCAUAGAACGUGCUACGAAGAGAUGCCACUUCUGGAAAUGGAAGCAACGCAUGAGCAGCAAACUAUUCAGAUCCUUUCAGACACUCUCCGAACCAUUCUGCGAUUAUAGACGAUUUUCGCUUUAUUAUUUAUUAUACAAUUUAGAUUCAUA